CUUACCAGGUAUUUAAUGUGUGUUUUCAAAUUUGAAUUGCAGGUUCGGACCUUCUACACCGAGGUGUUGAAUGAGGAGGAGCGGGAGAGGCUUUGCAGUAACAUGGCUGGUGCCCUGAAAGGAGCCCAGCUCUUCAUCCAAAAGCGCAUGAUUGAGAACUUGAAGGCUGUCCAUCCAGACUAUGGAAACCGGGUUCAGAAUCUUCUCAACAAGUUCAAUAAUGAGGCCCAGCAGAACACACCCGUGCAUGUCUACAGCCGUCCAGGAGUCUCGGCCGUCGCCGCAUUCUCCAAGAUGUGAUGCCUUAAAUUUCCAGAAGGGGCAGCACCCUCAUGUAUCGCAGAGCAAAUGCACUUCUUGAUUAACAACUGCUACUAAGAGUAACGAGAUUGGACUAAACAAUUAGUAUAAUGACGAGACUGAAACACCGACUUGUAAUGUGAGGGUUGUGUUUUUUUUUUUUUUCAUUCAGUCCAUCCAAACAGUUGAUUUUCCUCAAAAUCCUCAAAGCUUUCAAUAUUCAGCAGAUUCUUUAUCUCUGUCAUUUGUCUUGAUUGAACACUAAUUU